AUGUCGGAGCUGUACGCGAAUAAAGUGUGUCUAUCGCCCAUGGUCCGCGCAGGGACUCUGCCAUUGCGUCUCGUGUCAUUGCGUUACGGUGCUGAUCUCGUAUACGGCGAAGAAAUUGUUGAUAAGCGCAUUAUUUCUGCUGUGCGUGUACCUAAUGAGACUCUUAAUUCUGUGGACUUUAUUAGUCGAAAUGGUGACUCGGUCGUGUUUCGGACGUGUCCAGAAGAGACUGGAAAGGUCAUUUUUCAAAUUGGAACAGCAGAUGCAGUGCUGGCACUCAAGGCGGCGGAGGCCGUUGCACGCGACGUUGCGGCUGUGGAUAUCAACAUGGGCUGCCCCAAGCACUUCUCCGUACAGGGUGGAAUGGGUGCAGCCUUGUUGCGAAAACCAGAAAUUGCUUGCGAUAUCAUUAAAACGUUGCGCCGGAAUUUGACGAUUCCUGUGUCCUGCAAAAUUCGUCUGCUUCCAAAUAUUCAAGACACGAUCGAUACUGCAAAGCGCCUGGAAGAUGCUGGGGCCCACGCAGUUGGUGUACACAUGCGGCAGAUCGACGAGCGUCCUCGCGACAAGGCGAGUUGGGAAAAGCUAGCGCCGAUUGUAUCGGCGCUGUCAGUUCCUGUACUCGCGAACGGAGACGUUUUCAUGCAUGAGGAUAUCGACAAGUUGCGGGAGAUUUCGGGUGUAUCUUCUUUUCUCAUUGCUCGCGGUGCCCUUACCAAUCCAUCCAUUUUCCGAAAGGAAGGUCGCUUGCCUGUGGACCAAGUGGUGCGCGACUAUCUGCUAGCUGCAGCGGAGGUUGACAACGUGUUUCAAAACACCAAGUACAAUGUUAUGCGUAUGAUUCCGAGCUGUCUAGAGGAUGCGUACGCGCGUGGCAAUCAUUAUGGAUAUGCAAAAGACUCUCAAGUCGUUACUGUUCCUGAGCUAGCAGCAACAAAGAGUGGUUUGCAGAUGUAUUCGUUGUGGGGUCUGCACAACAACUAUAACCAGUAUCAAGACCAAUUUCGGGCUAAGGCUGUAGCGCUGAAAAAGCAUUCAUAUCCUGACGAACAGACUUUUGAGACACUGGUAGCAGUCCCUGGAGCGCAUGCUUUGUACGCUGAAGCACUUCAGGCAGAGGGUAGGACGCCAAAAGCGUACAACAAUUGCAUGGAGAAGCCAGAGCUUUUCUGCGAGGCGUGCAAGAUUCAAUUACUAAGCGAGCAGGAUGUCAAGCUGCAUUACAAAGGCCGGAAACACAAGAACGUGUUGCGUCGACAGACCUCUGCCACUAUCUCCAAGUUCGUGGCAAAAGCGCAACUGGAGCAACAACCUACAGCAAAUGACACUGCCAACAAUGCAGGUAGCAGACUUAUCGAGAAUGGCAAAAGUGCAUCUGAUCAUCGAAAGUACGACGGAGAGGAUGAGCGGGAUACAAAACGCUUAAAAGCGUGA